AUGCGUGUGCUUAUAAAAGUGCAGAAGUCGGCACCGCCUACGCUUGAAAAUCCCUCUAUUUGGUCCAUAUUUUUCGCCGAUUUCCUCAGCCAAUGUUUGGUGAAGAAUCCUACAGAGCGAAAAACAGCCGAGCAAAUGUUAUCGCAUCCUUUCAUAGCGAAUGCAACGGAUCGCCAUCCUGUUUUGGCGUUACUGGCCGAGGUAAACGCGGACAUUGAAGAAGAGGUUGUCAUUGAUGAGGAUCGCACAAGCUGCGGUGAAAGUUACGCUGAUUCUGAAGAUCACUGUGCGUUUCAGUAG